UCUGGUCGUCGUUUCGUUGUCUUGUGGAAAAGUUGGGUUGGCAGUGAUACUUUUCGAUUUAAUUCAUUUCGCGCUGAUUAAUUGCUUAUUCUGAUCCGACACAACCACUGCGAAUCACCGUUGACACGGGUGGCACUUGCCGAGCAGGCCCCCGUAGAAAUUCAAAAGACUGAAAGCCCCAAAUAGAAACCAAAUCACUGCACCUGCACCGACGUGUCUGUGUGCAUCGCGAUUUCUAAUCACUCGCAAGACUUUCUUCCACAAAAAAGCGAUUGAAAGAGAAAGACUCCACGAGCCCGGCCAUUAAGAAGUGUGCCACUUUUUCGCCCAGCUGAAAACGCCGUCCAAUUGAAUUUUCCGUAAGCCAGGCAGCAAAUAGAAUUAAAUAACAGGGGCAAGAGAGAAAGAGACGGAGCACCUGGCGAGGGGCAGGGCGUUUUUUCAGAGUUUCGCUUUUAUUCUGGACAACGACGACGACAAGACCGAAUAACAACAUCCAAACAUGAAUGGUCAGCCGCCCAUUGCGGGGCCAUCCAAAGUGGACCUGUACAUCACUCAUGUGGAUCACGUGGGCCCCUACCUGAAGGUCUACGGCCAGGUGAACAGAGACGCCGCCAUCCUGGUGAGCAAGCGCAUCGAGCAGGUGCUCCCCACAUGCUUCGCCAUCGAGCCCAGUUGGUCGGUGGAGCGCCAGCAGGCCCUGCUCACUCCGGGCACCUUCUGCAUCUUCAAAAAGACCAACGGACCGGCGCCCGGCGAUGUGGAGUACAUGCGGACACGCGUGGUCAGCGCCGAGCUGGAGGGCCAGCAGAUGCGCACCGAGAUCGAGUUCCUGGACUUGGGCUUCCGGCGCACUGUGAAUAGUCAUGAUUUAAUGUUCCCCAAGCAGCCAAAGCUGCUGCAGAACAUCCCGCUGCUCUGCUUCCAGUACAUCGUGCUGGGCAUUUGCGCCGAUUGGGACUCGGCCGACUUGGCGGUGGUUCACCAGCUGAUUGUCAACCAGACCGUUCAAAUCACCGUCGAUCCCACACAGAUCUGCGACCAAAAGUUCGCCAGUCUGCGCUACAAGGACUUCGAGCUCAACGAGUUUUUGGUGCAACAGAAGCAAAUUGGAGCGCCGAUGAGCAGGCAGCUCAUGAUGGAUCACUGCAAGAAGCUGUGGAAGGAUGCUCCACAGUCGCCGAUCAGCGCAGAGCAAAACAACAAUAGCGUACACAGCUCAAAGACGCCCACGGACAUUGCCCGCGAGCAGCUGGCGUCGCGACGAUCGCUGGCCGCUCGCCUGGAUGCCCAGCGCUCGGUGCAGGUGACGCCGCCCAGGCCGUUGAAUGUCGAUGCCGCCGACUAUACGCCCAAGCAGCUGCCUCUGGCCAAUGUGACCAAUGUACAGGUGCCAUCGCAAGGCCUGGCCAAUACUCAGAAACCGGCCUAUGUGCCGGCCAAUCCCUAUAAUCGUGCCAACUAUCAGCCCGCCGAGCCGGCUGCUCAACCUUAUGUGCCCAAGGCGAAUCCCCGAUCGCUUUACACCUACUAUAAUGUUCGGAUGAACAAACCGAUGGCCGGCAUGGCGCCGGUAGCUCCAAAUGUGCCCAUUCAGCCGCCGUACAGCCAACCGGCUAAUUACGUCCCUCUGAGCUAUGCUCCCGCACGCUUCACUCCGCCUCCGACACCGUCGUUGGCCCAACGUGCCCAGCAACGCACCAUUCCGGCCUUUAGAACCACCAGCUUGACGGUGGGCCUAACCUACGAUGUGGAUAUUAGUUAUGUAGAGAAUGGGCCGUAUCUGUUUUGGGUGCACAUAAAGAGCAGCGGCAAUGAUCUGAGCGCCAUGAUGGGUCAGAUUGAACGGACGAAGCUGAAGCCGCUCAGCCAGGCUCCGGAACUGGGAACCGCCUGCGUGGCACGCUUCUCGGAAGAUGGCCACUUGUAUCGCGCUUUGGUCAGCGCCGUUUACGCCCAACGUUAUCGCGUGGUCUACGUGGACUAUGGAAACUCUGAGCUGCUGCCGUCCAGCGAUCUCUUUCAAAUACCCCCCGAGAUGCUGGACAUCAAACCAUUCGCCUUCCGCUUCGCUUUGGCCGGAACCAAAGAGCUCGAGCCCAUUGACGAGAGCAUGAAGCGGAUUUUCAAGAAGGCGGCUAUAUACAGGAACUUUGAACUCACUGUCCAGGCGCCCGAGAGCGUGGGCUCCAUGCAGACCUGCCACCUCAAUCAGAAUGGUACCAACAUGCUGGAGCUACUCAGACAGCUGAAAAACUCACGUCAGUCCUACGCAAAGGCUGAGCAACUGAUGAACGACGAUGCCGUGGAGAUCCGCUUUAUCGAUUCGCCGAGCAACUUCUAUGUGCAAAAAGUGGCCAAUAUCGGAAAGUUCGAGCAGCUUAUGGACGAGAUGUUCUCCUAUUACAAUGCCAACCAGAAAGUGCCCGAUCAGUUGAUCCUGGGCGCACCCUGCAUUGUGAAAUGCGAUCAGGAAUGGUACCGUGCGGAGAUCCUGCGCGUUGAUGACUCUGUGAUUGUGCGACACGUAGAUUUCGGUUAUGAACAGAACGUGAAACGCCACCUAAUCGGCCACAUAGCCGAAAAGCAUUUGGAGAUGCCGCGGCAGGCAAUCAAGUGCUGCCUGAAAGGCUUCGAGAACAGUGAGCUGAGCGAGAACAAGAUUACCGACCAGUUUGAGAUGUUGGCCGAGGAAUCGAAUAUCCAACGACGCACAUUCAGUGUGCGUAUCUUUCGCAUAGAACCCGAUGGUCUGAAUGUGGUCAAUCUGCUGGCCAAGAACCUGAAUGUGAUGAAGAAGCUCUUUAAACUCUCAAUGCCCUUCGAGCAGUAUUUGUCGCUGGAGAAGGGCCAGUUCAAUGCCAACAACACACGCGCCGAGUCUGUGGUUUCUUCCGAAUUGGAUAAGAGUCUCAUUCUCAACUCGACCAGCAUUGUGGAGAGCGAGAAUGAGAAACAGCAGCAACCGAAAAAGGAGCCAGUGCAGCAGGAACUGGUGGUUGAUAUUCCGCAGCAAGCAAGGGCAGGAGGUGGUAGCAAAAACUCCCCAGAUUGGGAUAAACGCAGCUCCACCUCGGCGGGCUCGAAGGACAGCAAGCGUCAGCAGCAGCACAGUCAGCGAUUCGAUCGGCAUUUGGACUCCAGCUUUGAGACGCAAAGCACCAGCAGCUACACCAGUGGCAUGAGUUCGCCCCGCAAGGGCAACCGCCAACAGAACGGCCGCACUCCAAUUCAGUCGCCACGGCAUAAUGGAAAACCGGAAGCUAUCAAAAAUACACGCUUUAACGAGUCACCCCGCAAGAAUCAAGACGCCCAGCAGCGAAACCAACGCUCCCAGAAUGCCCCGCAGGGCUAUGCCCAAAAACCGCAACGCCAAAAGUCCACUUUGGACGGAACCGUCAGCUCGAAGCGUUCCAGCGGAGUAGAGAGCGAUGCGGCCUCUUCCACCACCGAAUCGGUGUCUGCCACCAAGCCGGAGAAGUAUAUUCCGCUGGACAAACCGUAUGUGCUGCAGGACAUGAAAACACCUGGCAAAGAGGCUGCCAGUCUGUCCUGGUGGGUCUCGCCCUUCCAGUUCUACGUGGUGCCAAAGUCGGCCUCCGCAAAGUAUGAUAACGUCCUGCGCGAUAUGCGACUAUUCUACCGCCAGAAGCAACAUCAGCCCCUACAGUUGAAGGUUGGAUCCACUGUGGUGGUGCGCCAGCGAAAGGACAACGCCAUUCUGCGAGCCACAGUGACCGCCUGCAACCACAUGAUGCGCAAGUACCGCGUCUUUUGUGUGGACACAGGCAGCCUGAUUACAGUCACCUCGGAGGAUGUUUGGCAACUGGAGCAGCGCUUCGCGGAGCCACCCUGUAUGGCCCAUCGCUGUAGUUUCCACAGUGUGGUUACAAACUAUGAUCCCCUGUACAUUGUGGAUCGCAUGGAGAAAUUCGUACCAGUCAAUGCCAAAGUGGAAUGCGAGUUCCUGUCCAAAGAGAAGAGCAACAACAGUAGUUGCUCCUACACGGUCAAUAUGUUUGUAAACGGCGCUUCGCUGCGAGACACGCUGGUCAAAGCUGAAUUCCUCACUGAGGUGGCGCCUGAAAUACGCGUAAACCUUCUGGCUGGUCAGCAGAUUAGAGGCAAAUUCACAAAUAUUCGGGACAUGACUAACUUUAAGGUUCAGCUUGAUUACUGCAAGAAUGUUAACUUCCUGUGCAGCUACGACGAUGCGAAAUUUGUUAAGUCCAAUCCUGAUUUGGCCAGGCGUUUUAAGGAAUUCUACGAGGGCAAAUCUUUUGCCUUUAAUGUCAAAAAUGUCUGCGAAAACAAUAUCAUUCAUCUGAGACCUGUAAUGCCGUUGUUCAAGGAGGAUCGCAAGGCAUUCGUCUGUCCUUAUCCUGUAGUGCUGAGCUCAUUCAAAGCACUCGUGGUGUACACAUCCAAACCUUACCGCGUUUAUGUUCAACCCCAGGCAAUUGUAACUGCCAUGCAGAAUCUGUUGGAUAACAUGUAUGAGCACUAUGAGGCGAAGGGUGACUCCCUAAAAAAAUAUGACGCGGGACAGAUAUGUGCAGUCCGCAGUUCCGAUGGCAACUGGUACAGAGCCAGAAUCACUGGAAAGGAUUUAAAUGCAACACGCCCCGAGGUAUUUUACCUCGAUUACGGAAACACGGAGGAAAUAAAGCGUGAAGAUAUCAAGGCAUUGGACGAUAAGUUCUAUGAGAACGCCAGCGGCUUUGCAGUGGAGAUCAAUUUGCCGCUUGGUCGCCCCAGUAACGAAGCCAAGCUACAGGCGCGUCUGUCAGAGAUUCUUGAAGAAAAGCUGGUCACGGUGAAAUCGAUUGAGGUACGUCGUAAUCAUCUUAUUGCCGAUGUCAUCAUGGAAAACAAUCAGAGUGUGAUAGACCUGCUAAAGGCUGAGAAGCUCAUACCCGGCCAAGAUCUGGAUUACAUGCGCAAGCAAAUGGAGAAGGGAAAGUCGCGUACUUACGAGUACAUUGAAACAGUGGACCUUACCUUGGACGACGAAGAGGAUAAGGGACGCAGGGAAACUGGCAGCAACAGCAAGUCGAGCUCGGCAAAUGCCUCGCCCAAGAAGAAACAACACAAUGACAAGGAUCGGGAGCCAAAGAAGAGUAAGCCAGCAGAGCCGGCUGCAUCUCCUACUCCUUCGCCAGUACCAUUGAAAGCUCCUACACCGGUUCCUGCGGAGCCAGAACCUGUGCCAAAACCACCUACCCCUGCUCCAGUGGCUGUAGAGGAACCAGAAGCUAAGACAGCUGUUGUCCAAGAGGUUGUGCCAGAGCCCGAAAAAGCAACUCUUGCGAAAGAGGAUCCCUACAAACAUUUGGACAGCUUUGUGCUAAGCCAUUGCGACAAUCCAGCACACUUCUUUGUUCACCCGAUCGAUCAGCUGGAUAAAAUACAUCAGCUGCAGGAAAACCUCCAGAUUGUGUCACCAUCCUUGCCCCAGUUGAUGAACGUGGUCAACGGCGCGGACUGCGUGUCUCUGUACUCGGUGGACAAGUGCUGGUACCGCGCCAAGAUCAUCGAUGCCGAGCUCAUGGUCCUGCUGUUCGUCGACUUUGGCAACACGGACUGCGUAUCGGACACCACUGACAUAAAGGAGAGCAUGUGGUCGCACGUGGAGCCCUUCUGCUUGCCAUGCGCACUCCCAAUUUGCCCCAAGGGCACUGCGGAUUGGGUGGAUGCAGCUAAUGGUAUUUUCAACGAAUCAUACACGAAGAUCCUGCGCUACGAGUACCUUACCAAGGGGGAUCAGUACACGACCAGCUAUGUAAAUGUAUACAUCGAUGGCGAGGAUGUGGCCAAGAAAUUGAUUGCCGACGGCUUUGCUAGGCCCCUGGAGUACGUGACCAGUGGAUGCAGCUGCUACAUCUCACAUGUGAACGGAAUUUCCGACUUCUUUAUUCAGCUGGAGCGAGAUUCGAAAGCGCUGGAACUGAUUGAGAUGUACUUGCGCGACGAGGAUAAACUAAAGCCACUGGAGCGAUUUGAAAAAGGAUCUAUUGUGGCUGCUCUGUUUGAGGACGAUGAGCUGUGGUACCGAGCCCAGUUGCUGAAGCAGCUGCCAGACUCCCGGUACGAAGUGCUCUUCAUUGACUACGGCAACACCUCCACCACAUCAAAGUGCCUGCUACUCUCGGAGGAGAUUGCCAGCCUGCCCAGUUUGUCCAAGAAAUGUUCGCUCCAAUUGCCGGAGGAUUACACAUCUUGGUCACCAGAAGCGGAGACUAAAUUCGCCGAGCUAACCGGCGAGGGUGAGCUGGUGUUUACCACACAGCUUCUGAAGCCAGGCCAGGAUGUGGUCACCAUUGAUCUUCUGUUGGAUGGAGAGAGCAUCAUAGACCGACUGCUGCCGUUGUGCCAACGAAAGGAACCGAAGGAAGCCAGCAAGGAGUCCUUGGCUGUCACCACUAAAGCCAUAAUCACACACGUGGAGAAUACCUCACAUAUGUACCUACAGUUUAGCGAGAAGGAUUCGUUGAUGGACAUUAUUUGCGAGAAGCUGAAUGGUAGCAAACUGCAGCCCAAAACGGAAAAGGGAUCUGUGGAUGAAUUGUGUGUUACCCAAUUCCCUGACGACAUGGAAUUUUAUCGCUCUCGUGUCCUGGAAGUGCUCGAAAAUGACCAAUACAAAGUGAUUUUGGUUGAUUAUGGUAACACAACAGUGGUGGAUAAGCUGUACGAGUUGCCGCUGGAGUUUGCGACCAUUAAACCCGUGGCUGAGAUCUGCAGCAUGGAAUCCUGCGCUAUAUUUGAGAAAAAUAAGGCCCUGGCCCUUGCCACACUCGACGCGCUGCUGGACAGCUGCAAUGGUGUUGUGGCGGUGGAGUUUGUAGACAAAUCAGCCAGUCCGCCGGUAGUUAGACUGCGAACUAAAGAUAAGAAGACAAAUAGUCUGAAUAUCUAUGAUGAGCUUCAGAAGCUGAUUGCAGCCGAGUUGAAGCUGAUCCAAAAGAGAAACGAGAACUCCGAGUGCGUAAUCACGCAUGGCAACUCACCGAAGAGUUUCUAUGUGCAUCUGAAGCACAAUACGCCGGAUUUGGAAUUGAUUGUCAAGACACUGCAGUCGCUGAAGAAGGAGCAACUUAAGUUGCUGAACGCUCCUGGCAAGAACUUGGGCGGUGUUUGCUACUCCCAGGAGGAUUCCUGCUACUAUCGCUGCAGCAUCAAGACUGUGUUGGAGGAGAACAAGGGCUUUGAAGCCUUUUUGUUGGACUACGGCAACACCCUGACCGUUUCGGAGAUCUGGAAGUUACCCCAGGAGAUAGAGACUAUUCCACCGCUGGCCCUGCAUUGCCAACUGAGUGAGAUUCCAAAAGAUGUGCCUGAUGAAAAGUUAGAGGAGGCCUUUGUCGUGCUAUUAGAACAGCACUUUGGGGAAGUUUACGAGAUAAGCACUCAGCCGAACGAGGAUGAAACGAUGCCUCUUUCUGCCCAACUUCGUAUCAACUAUAAGGACUUUGCCCAGGAGCUGGCCAGUACAGUGGCCGGGGUGCAAAAACCGCUGGAAGCAGAGCUUCACAACUGCGUUGUGGUGCAGUACGAUGAUCCCAGAUCGUUCUACGUGCAGAUGGAGAGCGAUGUGCCAGCGCUGGAGAAUAUGACUGAUAAACUCCUCGAUGCAGAGCAGGAGUUGCCCGUGUUUAGCGACCUCAAAGAGGGAGCUUUGUGCGUGGCCCAGUUUCCGGAGGACGAGGUCUUCUAUCGCGCCCAGAUUGUCAAGGUUUUGGACGAGGGAAAGUGCGAGGUGCACUUUAUUGACUUCGGCAACAAUGCUGUGACCCAGCAGUUCCGCCAGCUGCCCGAGGAGCUGGCCAAACCGGAGCGCUACAGCAAGCACUGCGAGCUGGAGGCGUCCACCAUGGCCAAGUGCGAUGUGGCCCUGCUUCAGACUUUUAUCGACUCUCGCUUCUCCGAGACAUUCCAGGUGGAGAUUCUGGCCACCAAGGGAGCUGGCACCCAUGUCGUGCGGCUCUUUUAUCAGAGCAAGAACAUCAGCGAGAAGCUUCAGGAAAAUCAGUGAUCACCCCGUAAAAGUGACCGACAGGACCGAUUGCAAUUCAUAUAUACUCCAUGCAGGAGAUUGUGAUUAGUUUGGCUAAAACACGCGUUGUAUUAUCUAUUUAGUUGAACGAGUUAAACUUAUUCAAACGGAAGAGGAGGAAACCUCACGAUUUUGAUUAGCCAAGAUGCUUCAUUGAUUUUUCAUGGAAAACCAAAAUGAAAGCUAAUUUUAAUUUUAAUUAAUGAAUCAAUACGAAGAACAUUAUCACCAAAAAACACAACAAAACGAAAAAUCGAACAAAAAAAAAACGAAAAAAACAUUUAGAAAAUGUACAAAAACAAACGAAAAAUAUUUUUAAAAAUCAACAAAAAAAUGUGAAAUCUAGAUAAAAUUGGCACUAACCAAUACAUGUUAGUAGCUAUAAGGGCGAAGGACGAUUUAUAUAAUUGCUCAACCUUGUGUAAAACAAUUUUACAUCAUCAACGAACGUUGGCGAAUUGAAGAGAAGUGGAGAGAAUAUUGAACCUCCAGAAGAAUUAUUUAUUUUCCCUUUAUAACCUAAUUUGUACUUUGUUUUCUCGAUUAACCAACUGAAGAAUCACUUAUUAUUCAUGUUUUCAAUUUUUUACUUUUCAUUACCUAAACAAACAAAAAACAUUGCAAGCGAAGACUAAAAGAAACGUAAGGAAACUAAUGGAAUAUGGGUUUAUGUAUUAAAACCUUUAAUCACAAUGUCAUAUUUUUCUACUAUUUCCUUUUCAUGUUGUGAACAAAAUAUUAAAGCAAACCAAUAAAUACGAUGAAAAGUAAAGCCAUA